AUGCUUGAUGGAGGAAGCAUGAGAUCUUACAUUACAAAGGACUUCGCAAAGAAACUCAACUUGGUAACCAUAGAAGAUAGUCAUCUUACCAUAUUUGUUUUUGGUACCAAUACACCUCAAGAAGUGGAAAGUCCCAAAGUCAAGAUACAGAUGGUGACACAAACCGGUGAAAUUGUUUCAAUUAAUGUCAACGUCAUCCCUGUGAUUGCAAGAGGCGUUCCAUACUUAGGACCUGACCUUAAAUUAUGGAAUCCGGAAUAUAAGUUAGCUGAUGAUGGAUCCUUCGGUGACCGGAUAGACCUUUUAGUGGGUAACGACUACUAUCUAUCUCUGUUAUUACCCGAGAUAAUAGAAUUAAAGGAAGAUCUUUUCAUGAUUAACACCAAGUUUGGAUGGACUUUCGGUGGAAAACCAGAGAUAGAAACAGAUAAUAACUUGGAAAUCAUCACCUAUUGUCAGACUAACUUGGAUAUAGGAAGAAACAAACCUGACUUACCAUUAGAAGGUGUAAACCUAAAGGAACUAUGGGAUCUUGAAACAAUUGGCAUCGUGGACUCUCCGAAAGAGAGCAGAGAGGAAGAAGCCUUACGUCAUUUCAACGAGACGACCCGGUUUGAACAUGGCAGAUACCAAGUCUCGUGGCCAUGGGUAGAAUACCCUCCAGACUUGGAUCCUAACUUCGGUUUGGCACUAGGACGACUUGUCAGUUUAAUUAAUCGUCUAGAUGCUGACACAUUGACUUCGUACGACGAAUUAAUUAAGGAACAAGAGAAAUUAGGUAUAAUAGAAGUCGUACCGGAGGAAGAGGUUAUUAGCCCUAGUCAUCCCGUUCACUACCUACCACAUCACUGUGUCAAACAGAAGAAUAAGCCUCCGCGCAUAGUAUACGACGCGUCAUCUAAAAUCAAGGACAAUAAGAGCUUAAACCAGUGUCUUUACUGUGGUCCCUUAAUGCUGGAAGAGUUAACAGGAAUAUUGUUGAAGUUUAGAUCACAUAACAUAGGUAUUUGUGCAGAUGUCGAGAAAGCAUUUCUACAAAUAGGUUUACAAGUUAAAGACCGUGACGUAACUAGAUUCCUUUGGAUCAAGGAUCUAGAUAAACCAAUAGAAAAUAACAAUUUAAUACAUAUGAGAUUCUGUAGAGUCCCAUUCGGUGUGAUCAGCAGUCCGUUCUUACUGAACGCCACAAUUAAAUACCAUUUAUCUAGAUCUAGUUUAGAAAGUAUACAACGUGUUGCUCAUGACAUCUAUGUAGAUAAUAUGGUGACUGGAACAGAUACUGUAGAAGAGGCUAUAGACUUAUAUAGCGCAACAAAACAAGAGUUUCAACGAAUGUCAAUGAACUUGAGGGAGUGGAGCUCCAACUCACGUGACUUCAUAGAACAGGUUCCAGACAGCUGUCAAGAUAGAAUAGUUAAAGUACUCGGACUGGACUGGAACUUAGAAUCAGAUACACUUCACUUGCGACUAAAGGAACGUGAGUAUCCUAGCACAAAGAGAGGAGUUCUACAAUGCAUCGCGUCAGUGUACGACCCUUGUGGGUACGCAGCACCCUCUACACUAUCAGCGAAGCUUCUUCUACAGGAUUUGUGGAAACUUAAAUCAAAAUGGGAUAACCCUUUAACUGGAGAUGAAGCGAAGAGAUGGAUUGACAUACAGAAAGAACUUAAGAACUUAAAGGACACCUGUGUUCCCCGGUGCUGUGUAGAGAACCUUCGGCAGAAGAGCUACUCCAUCCAUUGCUUCACAGAUGCUUCUACUAAAGCAUAUGCAGCGGUUGUCUACAUAGUGCAGGGCAACCAGAGAAACUUCUUAAUAGGAAAGUCAAGACUGAUACCUAUUAAGGAUCAAGAUGAUUUGAAGAUCCCGAAAUUAGAGCUUAUCGCAUCUCUUAUAGGUCAUCGUUUAAUCCAGUACGUUAAGAAGUCACUACAAGGCGAAAUAACUGAACAAAUCCUCUGGACGGACAGUCAGAUUGUAAUCGGUUGGUACUACUCAGAUAAACUUCUAACACCGUUCGUAUCAAGAAGAAUACAAGAAAUGAAGAAAAAUAAAGAACUGAAAGUACGAUAUGUUCCAACGGAUUUAAACCCAGCGGACGUGGCUACCAGGCCCACACAGCCAAAGGAGGAACUGGAGAAAUGGUUGACAGGACCCGAGUUCUUAUCGAAAGACCCAGUAGAAUGGCCUGUCAGUCCGUCAAGUAACACUUCUCUUUUGGUUGGGGAGGGUCUGUCGAGCAUUCCAAUGGAAAUAGAACUUGACGACAGAGAGAUACAGGUUGAAGCUGGUAGUUUAAGUAUUGGAUCUGAAGAAACAACACAUAGAGAGGACAGCUCAGGAACUGGACCUAAAGUAGGGACGCACGAAGACAUCGGAAUCGUAUAUACUAAGGUUUCCGAGAUCAAAGAAGUCCAAGCUAAGUACUUUCCCGAAGAACUAGCAGGAAAAGAGACUAGCUUAAAAAGAAAUCUAGGUCUUUUUAUAGAUGAAGAUGGAAUACUGAGAAGCAAGGGGCGAUUCCAAUACGCUAAUUGGACGUAUGACAAACGAUAUCCAAUCUUACUACCUCCUAAGAGUACAUAUACAGAUAAUAUCAUUAUGAGAACUCAUAAUGAUAAUUAUCACGUCGGAGCCGCCCACACUCUUAGUAUAAUUCGUCAGAACUUCUGGAUACCACAAGGGAAGAAGCGAGUUCUUAAUGUCAUAAAUAAAUGUAGUCAAUGUAUCAAACAACGGGGUGGACCGUUUAAACUACCGCCUACACCGGCUUUACCUCCUGAAAGGGUCAACUACACGGAACCUUUUACUUUUACAGGGAUAGAUUAUCUAGGCCCGAUACUAGUUAAAACCCAAUCAGGAACGAAGAAGAGAUGGAUUUGCCUAUUUACCUGUCUUGCCGUACGCGCCAUACAUCUGGAAGUAGUGAGAGAUUUGACAGCAGAAGAAGGACUUCUCGCAUUAAGAAGAUUCAUAGCUACUAGGAACGUACCCACAGUAGUAACAUCUGACAAUGCCACUAAUUUUAAAUUAAUAUCCGAAGUUAUGACACGACCUUAUUGUAUAGAAAAGAAGAUUAAGUGGCGUUUCAUCCCUCAAUUAGCACCAUGGUUCGGGGGCUUCUAUGAGAGACUUGUGGGUAUGGUCAAAGUCUGCAUGAGAACGACUCUUCAGAAACAUCUUCUUACGGAUAAUCAACUAAGUACCGUAGUCAAGGAAAUUGAAGCUGUUGUCAACACGCGACCGCUAACAUAUGUCGACGAAGAUGUAGAACAUAUACUUAGGCCGUCUGAUUUCAUAGCCAUGGGAAGAACCAUAAUAACAGACACCGGGAGUGAUGAAUCCUUACCUCUAGAAACACAGACAAAGAGUGAUCUAGUACAAAGCUGGAAGAGAGGUAUCAGCAUAUUGGAAGAGUUUAAAAGAAUGUUCAUAGAUCGGUACCUUUUGAGCCUGAGAGAAAGGUAUUCACACUCUCCUAAACAACCUAGGUGCACAUCCAAGCUUGAACCAUCGGAGGGCCAAGUAGUACAAAUAAAGGCAGAUAACAAGAAUAGACAAGACUGGAAAGUAGGGAAAAUUAUAUCUCUUGAAAAGGGAAGCGACAAUUUGUGUCGUGUUGCCUGCGUUAAAGUAGGGAAUAAAGUGUAUACUCGUUCUUUAGCACAAUUGUAUCCAUUAGAAGUAGAAGAUGUGACAAGCGAAGAAGCUGCUGCAUCAACGGUGAAUAAAGAAGACUCAAGAGUUCUUGAAGAUUCACAAAUUUUAGAUAUCGACCUCGAAGUCGAUAAUUUGGGCGACAUGCCUUUUAAUGAUGAAGGGGAUAAGGAAAGUUUAUAUGAUACGGAAGGUAUUAGUGAAGAGUGUACUCUACAGAGAGUCACUUCGCCUAAUAAUAUUGAGACAGACAAUGGAUCAAAUGCUGAUGAUGACACUGGCGCAUCUCCACGACCGCGGCAGCAAAGGGAUGCCGCCGCCAAGGCCCGAGAGAAGAUCCGGCAGUGGACGCGAUCCCUAUCUUCUCUUCUGCUCGCCGUUGGGAGUGUCGCGAGUGCCAGGCACUGCGAUGACGUUUAA